AUGCGGUCCGCACCGAUUGCGCUGCUGCUCGUCGCGUGCGCAUUCGUCGACGGAAGACGUGGCGGUGGAUCAGGAGGGCGCGGAAGAUCCGGAUCGCGGAGCAGCAGCUUGUUUUCAACGUCGCGCUCGAAGCCCUAUUUUACGAAAAAGUACGCCAAACCGGGCUCAAUAGAACACACAUCAAACUUCCGGUCAUUCGUGUUUGGAGCAACUUCCGGAUAUUUAAUGUUCAACGCAGGACGCCAUAUUAUUCAAGAUGCAUCGCGUCCAAUUUCAUUCGGCAAUCGUCAAUACUAUUGGGGUGAGGGUCGUCUGGUUCCCGACGAGAAGCUUCCAAUCCAAUGUGUGAAUCGAAUCGAUCCUCAAGAUCCGCAAUUCGGCCGAGUAUACUUUGAGAAUGAAUCUCGACCUCAAGAAAUCGCAUAUUCGUGCCCGGCCGAAUCCAAUUGUUGCGGCUACGAUUGUUGCGAAGAAUCCACAUUUUUCACAUCGAUUUUUAGCCUUCUUGUCGUCAUGCUCAUUCUUUCGGUGCUCGGCAUCUUCGUCAUCGAAUGUGUCCGUUGGUGCCUUCAUUGUACCUACUUCUGCAAACACGGUCGUGCUCGCGAGUUCGAGCCACUCAGCAUCUGA